AUGGAAUAGACAACUUAGAUGGAUGAUCAGACCAAUUAAAAGCCUAAUAAAUGUCAAUGUAAAUGCUAAUGCAUAUCUAAUAAUGAAAGCACACAACUUCAUUUGAAAAAAGAUGUUCAUAUCCAAACAUAAAUAUUUGAUCAAGAUAAGCAAACCUUUGAAAAGGCCAUGAAAAAUGAUGAGAGCAAGUUAAUAGAAGAGACUGAAAUUAGAAAAAAAUUGAACCUAACUGAUCAAGAAAAAAUAAUUUUUUUCCAUGGCGAGGACUUAGAGCCAGAGUAAAUACCACCUGCUUAGAAUAUUCCUUCGCUAAAAACUUUCAAAUUUGUGAAAAUUUUUCAGGAAAAAUCGAAACGCUGGAAAUCCAUGUUUAUUUGUACUUACGAUCACUGCGAUAUUGUGUUGAAAAAAUGGGGAAACAUUUUUGACCAUUUGCGCAUACACUGCAGAGAGAGACCUUUUGUGUGUCCUCUGCUUAUGAAACAUUUUUUGAAGAAUCAUGGAAAAGGUAUAUAUAUGGAACAAGAAGAAGAAGAGGAUCUCUUAGAAGAGACCAAUGCUUAAGCUUAAGAGCAGCCAUUAAAUGUAAAUGUUGGUAGUUAAAUAAAUGCCUGA